UUUGAAAGGAAAAUGGUCAAAUAAUAGGAGUGAAACUAUUCCAACCAAUUUAAGCAUUUAUUUUGUGUCCUUGUUACCAAACACCACCGCUCCGCUCAGAUCCCCACUAAAAUAAAACCACCACCAGUGACCACCGCCAAUUCCGAGUAACCGGACUUGCCAUUUCUACACCCACGGCCGUACACUUGCUCGGAAAAAAAAUGGCGAGGAACUACGUUAGAGAGAACGUGCAAUUGUCGAGAUUCGGCGUGCUGGUGGCGCAACUCGAAUCAAUCGUGGCUUCCGCCGCUCACAAGCCGCCGGACCCACUUCUCUGCUUCGACCUUCUAUCUGAUCUCAUCUCCGCCAUUCAAGAGGAGCCCAAGGACUCCAUUCUGCUGUGGCAAAGAAAAUGUGAGGAUACACUCUAUUCUUUACUGGUGCUUGGAGCUCGUAGGCCUGUGCGUCAUUUAGCAUCAGUUGCAAUGGCAAAACUUAUAUUGAAGGGUGAUGGGAUUUCGAUAUACUCUAGAGCAAGCAGCCUUCAGGGGUUCCUUUCUGAUGGCAAGAAGAGUGAGGCUCAGAAAGUUGCCGGUGCUGCUCAAUGUUUGGGAGAAUUGUAUCGAUAUUUUGGGAGACGAAUUGUUUCUGGAUUACUUGAAACAACUAAUAUUGUUGGGAAGCUACUCAAAUUUACUGAGGAUUUUGUGAGACAAGAGGCUUUGCACAUGCUUUGCAAUGCUUUGGAGGGUUCUGAAGGGAGUGCUGCUUCUGCAGCAUAUGUGGAGGCGUUCCGCAUAAUCAUGCGAACAGGAGUUGGAGAUAAAUCUUUGAGUGUCAGAAUAGCUGCUGCAAGAUGUCUGAAGGCAUUUGCAAAUAUUGGAGGGCCAGGCUUAGGGAUUGGAGAACUAGAGAGUUGCUUGUCUUAUUGUGUCAAGGUCCUUGAAGACCCAGUUAAAUCUGUGAGGGAUGCUUUUGCUGAAGCUUUAGGAGCAAUGCUGGCUCUUGGAAUGAAUCCUGAGGCACAGGUCCAACCAAAGGGAAAAGGUCAUGCUACUCCUAAGAAGCUAGAAGGGGGUCUGCAGAAGCACUUUGCUAACCCAUUUACAAAAGUUGGCGGACCUCGUUUGAAGGACAGGAGGGUUGGCAUCUCCUUGUCAUGGGUCUGCUUUUUACAGGCUAUGUGUUUAAAGUAUCUCCAUCCAGAUAUCGAACUGCAAAACUACGCUUUACAAGUUAUGGACAUGCUUCGGUCAGAUACAUUGGUUGAUGCUCAAGCACUGGCCUGUGUACUAUAUAUCUUGCGAGUUGGUAUAACUGAUCAAAUGAGUGAACCAACUCAGAGAGGCUUUUCGGUUUUUCUUGCGAAGCAGCUUGUAUCUUCUGAUUCCACCCCUUCCAUGCAAGUAGCUGCUUUACGAACUCUUUCAUAUGUUUUGAGAACACUUGGAGAGGUUCCACUUGAAUUCAAGGAAGUCGUUGAUGACACAGUUGUUGCGGCACUUUCUCAUCAUUCGCCACUAGUAAGAGUUGAAGCCGCCUUGACACUUCGUGCAUUGGGUGAGAUUGAUCCCUCCCGUGUUGGUGGCCUGAUUUCUUAUGCAGUCACAAUGCUUAGUGCUGCAAAAGAAAAUGUUUCAUUUGAGAAGGGAUCUAAUUUUAAAAGAGAGCUUGAAUCUCUACAUGGGCAAGCAGCAGUUUUGGCUUCACUAGUUUCUAUAUCACGGAAGUUACCUCUUGGAUAUCCAACCAGAUUGCCCAAAUCUAUGCUUGAUGUUUGCAAGAACCUGUUGACGGAAUAUAGCAGGAACACCGCAGCAGCUGCUGUAGAAAAAGAAGCUGGAUGGAACCUUCUGUCUUCACUGUUGACUUCUGUGUCAAAGGAGGAGCUCAACGACCAAGUUUUUGAUAUUCUUGCUUUAUGGGCUUCCACAUUUAGUGGGCAUCCGAAACACCAUAUAGAUCAAGCACAAGAUCUCACAUCAGAAAUAUGCGUAUGGUCUGCUGCCAUUGAUGCGCUUACUUCAUAUGUAAAAUGUUUUGUUUCUUCUGACUCGGUGAACAGAGGAAUCUUGCUGCAGCCAGUUCUUUUUUACCUGAACAGGGCUCUGUCCUAUAUAUCACAACUAGCAGGCAAAGAACAAGCUGGAGUAAAGUCUUCAAAGGACUUAUUUGUCAUCCGGGUGUUGUUAGCAUAUGAAGCGCUUUCAGACCCAUCAUUGUACAAAAGUGACCAUGCGCUGAUUAUUCAGAUAUGCAGUACUCCUUUUAGGGAAGCUUCCAGAUGUGAAGAAAGCUCUUGUCUAAGGAUGUUGUUAGACAAGAGAGAUGCCUGGUUAGGUCCUUGGAUUCCUGGAAGGGAUUGGUUUGAAGAUGAACUUCGCUCUUUUCAAGGGGGAACCGAUGGUGUGUUGACAUGUGUAUGGGAAAAUGAGCCUCCUAGUUUUCCUCAGCCUGAAACUAUAAGCAAGAUGCUGGUAAAUCAGAUGCUCCUCUUCUUUGGAACUAUGUUUGCUUCUCAGGAUAGUCGUGGGAUGCUUUCAUUUCUUGGCAUGACUGAUCAGUGUCUAAAAGCUGGAAAAAAACAAGCUUGGCAUGCAGCCAGUGUUACCAAUAUAUGUGUGGGGUUACUAGCCGGGCUGAAGACUUUACUUGCUCAACGUCCUGAACGCCUGGGAAUGGAGAUACUAAGUGCUGCUCAGGCAAUUUUCCAGAGUAUUUUGGCUGAAGGAGACAUUUGUGCAUCACAACGUAGAGCAUCAUCAGAAGGGCUUGGUUUAUUAGCAAGGCUGGGAAAUGAUACAUUUACAGCCAGAUUGACAAAACAAUUUCUUGGUGAUGUAACUGGCGCUACAGAUUCCAACUAUGCUGGAUCAAUUGCUCUUGCUCUUGGCUGCAUUCAUUGCAGUGCAGGAGGAAUGGCGUUGUCAAGCUUAGUUCCUAAUACAGUAAAUGCUGUAUCUUCGCUUGCUAAAAGUUCGAUAUCGAAUUUACAGAUUUGGUCCUUGCAUGGACUUCUUUUGACCAUUGAAGCGGCAGGCUUGUCUUAUGUAUCUCAAGUUCAGGCAACACUUGGACUGGUAAUGGAAAUCAUCAUGUCAGAAGAGAGUGGUUUGGUUGACAUGCAGCAGGCAGUGGGCCGCCUUAUUAAUGCUAUUGUUGCUAUUAUAGGUCCUGAACUUUCCCCUGGGAGCAUUUUUUUCUCGCGCUGCAAGUCGGCUGUUGCAGAGAUCAGCUCGUGCCAAGAAACAGCAACCCUUCUCGAGAGUGCGCGCUUUACACAACAGCUUGUUCUUUUUGCACCACAAGCAGUUACUGUGCAUUCUCAUGUGCUAACUCUCCUCCCCACUCUUUUCUCAAGACAGCCGAGUCUGAGGCAUCUUGCUCUGUCCACUUUGCGACACCUUAUAGAAAAAGAUCCGGUUCCCAUUAUUGAUGAAGAAAUAGAAGAAACCUUGUUCCACAUGUUGGAUGAGGAAACUGAUACAGAGAUUGGCAAUUUAGCACGAACCACGAUUGUGAGAUUGCUUUAUGCAUCAUGCCCUUCACAUCCAUCCCAUUGGCUGUCGAUAUGCCGCAAUAUGAUUCUUUCUACAUCAUCAAGACUUAAUGCAAGCAAGAGUAAUAAUAUUGUGAGUGAUUCUUCAAAUGGUCUGGAUGGUGAAAAAAGAUUGGAUAUUGAGGAAGAUGAUGAGAAUAUGGUCUCUAGCUCCAAAAGUUCGGCAAUCCGCAGUCAUACGCUUGACUACUCCAGUCCUAACAUUUCAAGGGAUAAGCACCUUAGAUAUCGAACAAGAGUUUUUGCUGCUGAGUGCUUGAAGCAUCUUCCUGAAGCUGUUGGGGACAGUCUUGCUCACUUUGACCUCUCAUUGGCAAGGGAACGACCUGCUAAGGGGCAUCUUUCUGGAGACUGGCUGGUUCUUCAAUUGCAAGAGCUUAUUUCUCUUGCUUAUCAGAUAAGCACCAUUCAGUUUGAAAAAAUGCAGCCAAUUGGUGUUUCACUUCUAUGUACUAUUAUGGACAAGUUUGCAGCAAUUCCGGAUCCCGAGCUUCCUGAUCACCUCCUUCUGGAACAGUAUCAGGCCCAACUGGUGUCCGCUGUCCGAAGUGCAUUGGACUCAUUUUCAGGCCCAAUUUUGCUGGAAGCAGGCCUGCAGCUAGCCACUAAAAUGCUGACUAGUGGGAUCAUCAGUCGAGAUCAAGCUGCAGUCAAGAGAAUAUUUUCAUUGAUUUCACGUCCACUAGAUGACUUCAAUGGCCUUUACUAUCCAUCAUAUGCCGAAUGGGUCUCAUGCAAGAUCAAAGUUAGGCUUCUCACUGUUCAUGCUUCUCUCAAGUGUUAUAUAUUUGCUAUCUUAAGGCGGGAAAGUGAUGAUAUUCCUGAUGAGUAUCAGGCUCUACUGCCAUUGUUUGCUAAGAGUUCAAGAAUUCUGGGGACGUAUUGGAUCUCAUUUCUGAAGGACUACAGCAUUCUUCGAUUCCACCAACAUUUGGGAAAUUGGAAACCAUUUCUUGAUGGAAUUCAAUCAUCGGUAAUUUCAGUUGAAUUGCAGCCAUGUCUAGAAGAAGCUUGGCCUGUGAUUCUGCAAGCACUUGUGUUGGAUGCAGUACCUAAUAAUUCUGAUGUAAAUGAAUCUUCUCCAACAGACAGAUCAAAAAAUAUUCCUACUUCUGGAUACAGCAUGGUGGAGUUGCGAUUAGAUGAUUUUCAGUUCCUAUGGGGUUUUUUCCUUCUGGUACUAUUUCAGGAGCAAGAUAUUGCUCUCAGUGAACAUAUUAUACCAGUGUGUUGCAUCAAAUCCAAGUUCAGUAACGAAAUUCCAGUUGACGAUUUGAAUUCCUCAUCUUUUAAGUUAUACAACAUUUUCUUCCCCGUGUUUCAAUUUAUGUCCACCAAAAGAUUCUUCACUUCUGGAUUUCUUACUUUGGAUGCCUGCAGAGAACUACUGCAGGUCUUUUCAUACUUAAUUUUCAGAGAAGAUACAUGGGAUUAUCUUGCAGUCUAUUUUCUAUCCCAGGUUGUUCAGAACUGUCCAAAUGAUUUCCUCGAGGUGGAGAAGUUUGCAUAUUUGACAACGGAACUGUGUUUGACUUCUCUUUUCAAACUUCUAUCAAGUGGCAGCGUGAAUUCUCAACAUCCUUCAGGCGGGGAAAAGAUUAUUUCCGUGGCACUUACCGCUGCUUCAACACUGUUGCAACGCUUUGAAUCUCAGAUGCAGCUAAAGUUCUCGUUGCCUUUUCUGUUGAUUGGUUACAAGUACGUUGGAGAAGCAUCAACUGAGAUAUCCCUUUCAGAAAUAAAUGUCUUUGUUCAAUCUAUUGCUUCUUUGUUAGAGAGACUUGGAAAUGUUGGACUUGGAGCUGAUGGCGCUACCCAAUUGGUAUCAACAACCAGAGCUUGCCUAAAUGCAACAACUAGUCUGACUAAUGAUUGCGUCCAGGCAAUUCAUCAACUGAGUGAUAAGAAGUCCAACUUGCUCAAGAUACUGCUCCUAAAACUUGCCUACUCUAUUGAACAACUCUUUUCAUAUGCUACUCUAGCUUUUGCAUUUGAAGGUCCUGGAGAGAGCCAAGAAAGUAAUCCCGUUUUAUAUAAAGUGUUGCAUCUUAGCAUUCAGUGUAUCCAAGCUGUGCUUACUGAUUCCAACCUACAGAUUCAAGCAGUUGCCUUGCAAGUUCUGAAAGUCAGGCUACAAAAAGGAAUUGGUACAGAAUCUCUUCCGUUCUUAAUUUUUUAUGUUGGGGAGCUUGUUGAAGAUUUGUUCAUGAUAGUCCAGAAUAAUUUAGAGAACCCCAUUAGCAGAGAAGCAGUUGCUAUUAUUGGGGAAUGUCUAAAAAUUUUGAUGCUUCUGCUAACAUUGUCGAAAGGAAAUGAUCAUCAGAAGGGGCUAAUACAUCUGCUUUUGGAAGCUAUUCUCAUGAUUUUUUUGAUGUCUGAUGGUUCUCUUUCUCAAGCAGCUAACGAUUUACAAAGCAUUGCUGUAAAGUUUGUUUCUCAACUUGUUCAAAUUCCUAGCGCAGCAGCUUCUGUCAAGGAUAUUCUAUUAGCCAUGCCAGCUACACAAAGACAGCAGCUUCAGGACAUAAUCCGCGCUUCAGUAGUUCAAGACAAGAACCCAAAACUAAUGUCAUCCUCUGGACCAGCCUUAGUGAUAAAGUUACCUUCGCAGACAGACGAGAUCCGAGAGAAAAAUACCCUUCCAUUAGAACCUCCAAACAAGCCUAACAACACUAUUGAAGAAGAAGAAGAAGACGAAGAAGAAGAAGAGGAGGAAGAUGAUUGGGACACUUUCCAGUCUUUUCCAGCCUCGGGAAACGAAACUGCCCCACCUCCAGAUAAUAGUAGCUGUGACAAUAAUGACAAAGAACACUCUUCUUCCCCACCUCUUAGCAAUAAGGGAAGUACAAGGAUUGAAAGCCACGAGCUCGGUGAAGGUGCUCACAUGGUUUCAGGCCUUGAAGAGGACGAGUUAUUUUCCGAUACUCAGUCAGAUCAGUUUGCGAAAGAAGAACACAUUGAACCUUUCGACAACUAUUUAAAGCAAAAAGAGAUGGUAUCAAACGAUGAGAAUAACGAGUCUCUGUCAGAUGUUCAACAUUUACCCAGCACAGAAGUAGAUAAUGGCCAAUCAUCUGAUGCGAAUGACACUGGAACUUCUGAUGACUUUGAGCAAAGGUUAGAAGUUUCUGCCGAGUAUGCCGAGUCACCUAAAGAGCAGCACAAUAGUGAAGGUACAGAUAUUAUUAACCAUGGCAAUAUCUUAGAAGACAAUGAAAAAGAAAGGCCUUUGGUGUCAACAAAUGAUGCUGAAGUGACCUCCAUCAGCGAGGAUUCUGAUUUGGGAAGAACUGGCAAUAGACCCGAGCAAUCCAGUUUGUCCAGUACAGUUGAUUUAGAAAACGAGAAAAAAAAUAUUCCAGGCAAUGCCAAUACUGAUGAAUUAGAAGAUGAUAACAAAAAGUCGCCCGACAAUUAGUAUACAUAAUCAGUACCAGAUUUUUCUGAAAUCACAAGUUUGGUUGUGGCUAAUGGCAUAAUGAUGUGGUAAGUUUGUAUGGUUAAUAUACUGGUGAUAGUGAACUGACUCUAUGAUAUCGAAAAAAGUUCAGAUGUUCAGAAUUUGGAGUGCAUUUUUUCUAGCUUUUCUCUUAUUCUGCUAGAGGGAGGAGGUACUCUUUUAAGGGAGGAAGUAAUGGCCUUAGAUGCUCUGUAUUUUCCCCGACUCGUUUUUUGGCUGAUGGUAGUGCAAUUUGUGACUGGUAUUUGCAAGAUAAUUUGUGAGGUGAAUUGUCUAUGCUAGAAAUUUGCGUCAUAUGUAUAAAUUAUCGAGCUUGGUUGAAAAGUUCUCCUGAAUGGCUCGUUUUUUUUCUUCUUUUUUAGUUGAGUGUGGAAUCACAAUUGUGUAUCUAUUUGGUAUUUAUGCAUGUAGACAGGUCGUCAUAUGUAUAAAUUAUCGAGCUUGGUUGAAAAGUUCUCCUGAAUGGCUCGUUUUUUUUCUU